AUGGCAGAUGACACACAAGAUACAACAAAAUGCACGCCUCCUUUCAUGCAUCGGGUCUCUCAGGGCAGCACGCAGAUUCAAGAGUCUCGUGAAGACAUUCGCAAGAUCCUCGCCAAUGGAAAUGGCCGGUACGGCCGCGUCAUAGUUUUCAUCGGUCCAUGCAGCGUCCAUAGUACUGAAGCUACCCUAAAUUACGCUAAGCUCCUCGCCCGAGCCGCGGCCACUCAUCGCGAUGAUCUCCUCGUUGUGAUGAGGGUUUACAUCGAGAAGCCCCGCACGACAGUAGGCUGGAAGGGUUUCGUCCAUGAUCCGGACCUUUCAGAGUCGGUAGCUGAUAGUUCAACGAGGGUCGCUGACCUGUCCAAAGGCCUCUGGCUCUCUCGCCAGCUCAUGCUGGACAUCACGCAACUUGGCCUUCCGGUCGUGACCGAGGUUCUGACGCCGCUGGUCGUCCCAUUUAUUGACGAUUUACUAUGCUGCGGCGUCAUCGGUGCACGAACCACCGAGAGCCAGACACACCGAGAGCUGGCCAGCGGUUUAGACAUGCCUGUGGGCUUCAAGAACGGCACUGAUGGCAGCCUGGAUGUGGCUACCAACGCCAUGGUGUCUGCUGCUGGGCCGCAUUCCCUCAUCACGGUCAACGACCACGGCCAAAUGAUUCAGCAACGGACAAAUGGAAAUGAAAGCACUUUCCUGAUCCUACGUGGCGGUAGAUCCGGUCCCAACUACAGUGAAGACCACACGUACAGCGCCAGCGCCGCCGUUACCAAGGCGGGUCAUGGACAGCCGGGUGUCGUUGUCGACUGUAGUCAUGGCAACUCGAACAAAGACUACCGCAACCAGGCCCAGGUUGCAACCUCUAUCGCAGGCCAGAUCGCUAAAGGCGCACCUGUGGUAGGUGUCAUGAUUGAAAGCAAUAUUAACGAGGGACGCCAGGACAUUGCUAGUGCCGCGACUCCGGAGGGCCUCAAAUACGGCGUCAGUGUCACGGAUGGGUGCGUUGGGUGGCAGGAAACGGAGGUUAUUCUCAAGUUACUUGCUUCUGCUGUCCAGAAGCACCGGCGUCAGCGCCAUGACUGUGAUUUUGACAUACAGCCUUUGGGGAAUGAGCUACAGGCCAAGUCCGAGGAGAUUGAAGUUCACGUGGAAGAGCUUGUGUUUGUUGACAAAAGGAUUUAA